CAGUUUGGAUUUUUUUUUUUAAUUUAUAUUCUGAUUUUUAUUUUUUUUCAAGUGGUGGACAGAGAGAGGGAGAGAGAGACAGAGGCAGAGAGGGCAGGAGAAAAGCGCUCUGUUCGUCCCCUCCGCCACCACCACCCGGACUUGCGGAGAGGGGUCGGGCCGAGCGGCGGUGGGAUCAGCCUUUUCCCCCCGGGGAGGCGACCCCAUCUCGGGGAGCCGCCGGAGGCAGCCGCCGCGAAGAGGGGGUGCAGGAAAAGAGAUGCAUUGAAACUUUCCGCCCAAACUUUGGCGUGAGUGCGCGAAACCGAGCGAGCGCGGCGCGGGUGCUUGCCUGCCCCGGCGCGGGGAGAGCGGCGGCGGCGGCGGACGGACGGGCGGGCGCCGCUGUGGAGCUCGGACUGCCCGGCGGCGGGGGCCGGGCGGCGGCGGGGCAGCCGCGGAGCCUGCGCUCGGCCCGGCGGAGCGCCCACCGAAAGCAGCAGCAGCAGCAGCCGGGGCCGGCGGAGAGCCGGGCUUAUGGAGGGGUGAAACCGGAGACCCCGAAGAGGAACCCCCUUUCUCCCGGAGCUCCUCGCAGCGCCCGGCCGGCGGCACCCCAGGAGGCGGCGGCGGGCACGGAGGAGGCGCGGGCAAGAGCGCGGCGGGGCGGCGGCGGCGGGGCGGCGGCGAGGCAGAGAGCGGCGGGCCCCGCUCCGCGGCGUGCGCCGGCAACCAUGAACUUUCUGCUCACUUGGAUCCACUGGGGGCUGGCGGCGCUGCUCUAUCUGCAGAGCGCGGAGUUGUCGAAGGCUGCUCCUGCCCUGGGGGAUGGGGAGCGGAAACCCAACGAAGUUAUCAAAUUCCUGGAAGUCUAUGAGCGCAGCUUCUGCAGGACAAUUGAGACCCUGGUGGACAUUUUCCAGGAGUACCCUGAUGAGGUGGAGUACAUAUUCAAGCCAUCCUGUGUGCCUCUGAUGAGAUGUGCGGGUUGCUGCGGCGAUGAGGGCCUAGAAUGUGUCCCUGUGGAUGUGUACAACGUCACAAUGGAGAUCAUGAGAAUUAAACCCCUUCAGAGUCAGCACAUAGCGCACAUGAGCUUCUUACAGCACAGUAAAUGUGACUGCAGACCAAAGAAAGAUGUCAAAAACAAACAAGAAAAGUGGGCACAGAAACCCAGAUCUGACGGUCCUUCCUUCACACCCCAGACCUGGAGCUUGCAUGACCCAUGGCAGUCAUUCCUAAUGCUUUACCCUGAGUCAGGGAAGUCCCAUCGUUUGUGUCCUACCAGAAUGGAUUCAAGAAAAUCAAAGCGAGGAAAGGGGAAGGGUCAAAAGAGAAAGCGCAAGAAAGGCCGGUACAAACCACUCAGCUUUCACUGUGAGCCUUGCUCAGAGAGGAGAAAGCACUUGUUUGUACAAGAUCCCCAGACCUGUAAAUGUUCCUGCAAAUUCACAGACUCACGUUGCAAGUCGAGGCAGCUUGAGUUAAACGAGCGCACUUGCAGAUGUGAAAAACCGAGACGGUGAGCAGCGGAAAAGAAGGGGGAACAGCCCUGUUUCUGGAGCCUGAUUUCUCGCCUGGACAGAAAAAAAAAAGACAAAACAAAACACUAAUCCAAAUGAACCCUAAAAAUGAAGGAUCGGUAGAGCACAGCACUUUCAGUACGGACGAUGGACUCCGGAAGGAACAUUCCCCAAGGCACCCGCCGCACAGAAUUCACCUUUUGGUUUUGAACUGUUUUAUUUUAUUUUUCUUUUCAUGCUGCUAAAUAACAGAGCCAGGAAGACUAUAGGGGUGUAUUUGAUGGGUUUUCCCAUGCAUACAUAUAUAUGUGUGUAUACAUGCAUAUACAUAUAUAUAUAUGUAUAUAUAUUUUAACCACAUCUAUAUAUACAUAUAUGUAUAUCUUAACCACACACACACACAUAUAUAUAUAAUAUAUAUAUACUGAUUAUUUUUUUUAACAUUGCUAAUGUUAUUGGUGUCUUCACUGGAUAAUACUCGACUGCUGUGGACACAAGCGGGCUACUUGGGGCAUAAGAAACAAGCUAAGACUGGACUUGAGUAGAAGCGCUGGGUGUAAACUUCUUAACUCUAACUGACUUGUGUGGCCUCCGCUGUUUGUAGAGUGUGCUGUACCACAGACCACCUUCUCCUUGCCUGGGACAGGGAGGAGAGGUGAUGGAGAGGAUGGGCAGGGAGUUCCAAAGAGUGGCAUCCUAGGGUGUGAUGGGUCAAAGGCCAAGGAAAUGGCCAUCUGCGUGAUCAAGGAUUCCUCCUCCCCUCUCUUCCCCCAACCUUCGCCCUUACUCGUCUCAUAACCUGCCUGCCUUGCUGGGACAUGGGAUGUCAGUGUACAUUUUGCGUUGACUUUAUUCACUAUAGAAACUUUGCCAGAGAGACAUGCUGGCUUCUCUUAAGGAUGGUGGGCAGCUGAUGCGCACUAACUUUCCAUUCAAGGAAGUAUCACAGGAGUCUAGAUUUCCUGCCCUUGGUGGCUGCAAAAGGACACGAGGCCUACAGUGUGCUGAAGCAAGAAUGGGGACCGGUGCAUAGCCACACAGUUGUUCAGCACUGCCUGCUUUCUUCAUGCACAGAGCUGCCACUCAAGAGCAUCCAAGAUGCUUACGGAACAUUUCUGGAAAGGGAUAUUAAUCAAAAGUAUAUACACAGUAGGGGGUGUGUGUGUGUGUAUGUGAGUGUGUGCAUUUGUGUCUGUGUGUAUGUGUGUUUGUGUUUUUAUCUCUUUUUUAUAUAUAUAUAUUUAUUUUUAUACAUAUAUAUAUAUAAAAAAAAUAAUAUAUAUGUAUGCCAAGAUUGACGGAGGGAAAAAGAAAGCAACUUCUGCUGCCUUCAGUUUGCAUAUGCAGUGUGAAUGACCCUUCAGAACGUCCAGUUUUGUUGUUUUUUUUAACGACAUACUGUAAAUACCAGCCCCCUUUUCCACAUCUCGGGCUGGGGAGUCAAAUGUGAAGGCAGCCGGAAUCCCUGAGCCGUGUCUGAGAAUCUUGGCUAUGUGUGUAUCUGCAAAAUACACUGUGGUGUAUGUGAAACCCACCUUACACACGCGCGCACACACACGCCCCCCUGAAAGCGUGUUUGUACAUCUAUGUGGAUAUAUAUAAUCUAGUUCUGUGAUUAAAAUUAUUAUUAAUAAUAAUAAUAAUCAAAAAGGUACUCGGUCUGUGUCAGAAUGCUGCCAAACAUCAUCUGCAAUUGAAUUUUCAACGCCUGAUAAUGUACAACACGGAAAGCUUCCAAAAAGACAAGACAGUCUAAAAACAGACUCUCAACAAGCGACUACUAACCACUAGGAACUCCCCAUCCGACUGAUGGCUUUCAGAAGGAGGAAAAACACAGGGGUGGGUGCUUGCAUCUGCAAUGUAUGAUACUCAUGCUGCAUCGUGCGCAAGACAGAGGCUUCCGAUGGGGGGGGGAGGGAAGAGAAAGUGUUUUAUAUACUUAUUUAAUAUCCCUUUUUAAAUUAGAAAUUAAACAGAUAAUUUAAUUAAAGAGUAGGGAUUUUUCAGUAUUCUUUGUUAAUAUUUAAUUUCAACUAUUUAUAAGCCGUACCUCCUUUUUUUUCUUUUUUUUUUUUUUUUUCUUUUUUUUUUUGUACUGGUUGUGUAUAAGUUUAACCUCCCUGUUGUCCCAUCCCAUCUCUCCCCAAUUGUUGGCAGAGUCAGUAGCAUGUUAUGGGCAGUUAUUUAAUUAAUUUCUCUAACACCUACCCCUACACAUUCCUAUUGAGACAAGGGUUAGAUAUACAUCUACAUACUAUAUAUAUAUUUGGCUAUGUGUUUGUAUAUAUAUAUAUAUAUGUUUAUGUAUAUGUGUGAUUCGGAUAAAAUAGACGCUACGAUUUUUUUAUAUAUGUAAAAAGAAGAAACAGGAAAAAUAGAAAAUUCUACAUCUUGAAUCUCUCUCCUUUUUAAUUUUAAUAUUUGUUAUCAUUUUAUUUAUUGGUGCUACUGUUUAUCUGUAAUAAUUGCGGGGAAAAAAGAUAUUAACACUACAUAUUGUGUCUAGUGAAUUUUUUCAAGAUAUUCCUUAGUACAUAUUUAUUUUUAAACAAAGAAAUUACAGAUAUAUCUUAAAAAAACGACGACGACGACGAGAAACAAACUUUUUUUUGUAUUAAAGAAUUUAAUUCUGACCUUGA